AUGGACGAAGAAGCAUGUACAGUGGAUAAAAAACCGGUGGUUGACACGCCGUCCCUGGAAGAUGGAGAGAAGCCUCCGUCAAAAAAAGACCUGGAACCUUUUGGUAACGAGGAGACGGCAGAGGUCAAGUAUCGCACCAUGAAGUGGUGGCACUGUGGGAUGCUUAUGAUUUCAGAAAACGUCUCAGUGGGAAUUCUUUCUCUCCCGUCCGCUGUGGCAACCCUCGGCAUGGUACCCGCUGCAAUCAUGAUUGUCUUUAUAUCUGCUCUUUCAUGGUACACGGGCUAUGUAAUCGGCCAGUUCAAGCUCCGCCAUCCCGAAAUUCACAGCAUGGGAGAUGCUGGCGAGCUCUUGAUGGGUCGUUUCGGUCGCGAAUUCCUGGGAGUCGGCCAACUCCUGUUGUUGAUUUUUCUCAUGGCGAGCAAUAUAGUGACGUUCAAUAUCCUGAUGAACGUCUUGACAGAUCACGGCACUUGCACAUUGGUGUUUGGUGUUGUCGGAUUGGUCAUCUGCUUUCUGGGCGCUUUGCCGCGGACAAUGGAAAAGGUCUAUUGGAUGUCUGUUGCUUCAUUCCUGAGUAUCUUUGUUGUUGUGAUUAUCGCCAUGAUUGCCAUGGGAGUGGAAAGCAAAGGCCACGUCCCAAUCCAAGCCACGACAACAGUGAGCUUCCGUGAGGGAUUCUUGGCCGUGACAAACAUUAUCUUUGCUUACCUCGCCCAUGUUGCAUACUUUGGCUUCAUGUCCGAGACAGAGGAUCCGCGAACCUUUAACAAGUCACUCGCAAUGCUCCAGAUUAUCGAUACGGUUUUGUAUCUGGUGAGCGCGUUGAUUAUCUAUCGCUAUGCGGGACCCAGCGUGAAGUCACCGGCCAUCAACUCCCUAAGUACAGUCACGAGCAAGGUUGCCUGGGGCCUCGCUAUUCCAACGACCAUUCUGUCCGGAGUCGUCCUGGGACAUGUUGCAUGCAAAUACAUCUACGUGCGCAUAUUCCGUGGGUCCGACAAGAUGCACCAGCGAAGUUUUCUGUCAAUCGGAUCCUGGGUUGCCAUUUGUCUCGGGGUUUGGGUUGUAUCAUGGGUUGUGGCAGAAUCGAUUCCCGUGUUCAAUGAUCUGCUCAGUCUUAUUAGUGCACUAUUCGGAAGUUGGUUUAGCUUCGGAUUUCCCGCCGUCUUCUGGUUGCACAUGAAUUACGGCCGAUACUUUCAGAAUGUCGCAAAGUCAUUUUUGACGGUAGUCAACCUUGCUGUCUUGGCCAUCUCCUGCGCUAUUUGCGGUUUGGGUCUCUAUGUGUCCGGCGCCGCAAUUAAUGAAGACUCCAGCUCCAGCAGCUGGUCUUGUGCUAACAGUGCCUGA